CAAUCUCCUUAAACUGAGGAGAGAAAAAGGAAAACUCAAAACUCUGAUUUGAAGCAGCAUGACCACAAAAGACUCCAUAGUCCUCUACUCCGCCCUAGGAAGAGGCCACCUAGUGUCCAUGGUGGAGCUAGGAAAACUCAUCAUCACCCACCACCCUUCCCUCUCCAUCAACAUCCUCUUCCUAACCCCACCCCCCAACCAAGACACCCCCACCUCCCCCACCGCCUUCACCUGCCAGGCCACCGCCAAAUACAUCGCCGCCGUCACCGCCGCCACCCCCGCCAUCACCUUCCACCGCAUCCCCCAAGUCUCCAUCCCCACCGCCCUCCCCCCGCAGGCCCUCACCUUCGAGCUCUGCCGCGCCACCACCCGCCACCUCCGCCGCAUCCUCGCCUCCAUCCCCUCCCUCCGCGCCGUCGUCCUCGACUUCAUGAACUACGCCGCCACACGCGUCACCGCCGCGCUCAACAUCCCCACCUACUUCUACUACACCUCCGGCGCCUCCACCCUCGCCGUUCUCCUCCAACAACCCACCCUCCACGAGAACACCACCGUCUCUCUCAAGGACCUCAACAUGCACCUCAUAAUCCCCGGCGUGCCCAAGAUUCACACCGAUGACUUACCCGACCCCGUCAAAGAUCGCAAGAGUGAAAGCUACCAGGUUUACAUCGACAUCGCCACGUGUUUACGUGACAGCGAUGGUGUUAUAGUAAACAGCUUCAACGCCAUUGAGGAGAGGGUGGUCGAGGUUUUCAACCAAGGGUUGAUGGAGGGAACUACCACCACUCCCCCAGUGUUCUGCAUUGGGCCUGUUAUUUCUUCUGCUCCUUGUAGAAAAGACGAGAGUGAGUGCUUGACUUGGCUUGACUCGCAACCGAGUCAGAGUGUCGUGUUCUUGAGCUUCGGAAGCAUGGGGAGAUUCUCCAGGGUUCAGUUGAGGGAGAUCGCUCUAGGGUUGGAGAAGAGUGAGCAACGUUUUCUGUGGGUUAUAAGGAGCGAGUUUGAGGAGGGUGACUCGGGGGUGGUGGUGCCGAGUUUGGACGAGUUGUUGCCGGAAGGGUUUUUGGAGAGGACUCAAGGGAAGGGCUUUGUGGUGCGGGACUGGGCCCCACAGGCUGCCAUACUGAGUCAUGACUCGGUGGGCGGGGUCGUGACUCACUGCGGGUGGAACUCGGUGUUGGAGGCGGUGUGCGAGGGCGUGCCCAUGGUGGCGUGGCCGUUGUACGCGGAGCAGAGGCUGAAUAGGGUGAUCUUGGUGGAGGAGAUGAAGGUGGGGUUGGCGGUGAAGGAGGGGAAAAAUGGGGUGGUGAGUUCGGCUGAGUUGGGGGAGCGAGUUAGGGAGCUGAUGGACUCGGACAAGGGGAAGGAGAUUAGGCAGAGGAUUUUUAAAAUGAAGAUUAGUGCCACGGAGGCAAUGAGUGAAGGUGGAUCUUCCAUCAUUGCUUUGAAUAGGUUAGUGGAAGUAUGGAGGGAGCACUAAGGGGUUUAGAAUUUGAGAAUUAAUGAGAGGGACAACAAGUUGCUUGCAAAAGGAUCUUGUCUCAUUAUUAGAGGUUCAAUUUUCAAGUUGUGUGCAUGUGUAUAAAAAAUUAUCCUGUCUUGAAUAAAAUGUUUUCAAUUUCUUAUGGGAAUACUUUAUUGAGAGAGAGAAUGAGAUAGUACCCGGGAGAAUAGCUAAGCUUAGAAAAGUGUGAUUCAGUGUAAGAACUUAAUUCUUUCUCGAUAAAGAAUGAGUGGAAAUUGAUUUGUGAUAAAUUAAUUAUCAAUGUUAGCAAAAUUAAUUUUGAAUGA